UUGGGACCAUGGCUAUUGACUGGAUUGGUUUUGCAUAUGCUGCAUUGCUGGCUGUUGGAGGUGUUGUAGGAUACACUCGUAAAGGUAGUAAAAUCUCUUUAGCUGCUGGUCUCACCUUUGGUUCUGUGGCUGGUUAUGGAGCUUACUGCGUAACACGUGAUCCAAGAAAUGUGAAGAUAUCGUUGUUUUCAGCUUUUCUUUUGACCAUUAUAAUGGGAAUGAGGUUCAAGAGGUCCAAGAAAUUAAUGCCAGCCGGACUAGUAGCAUGCCUGAGCCUUUUGAUGAUUUUGAGGCUUGUUUUUAUGCUGCUGUAGGAGAAUUUAGCAACUUAAGAACUGAAGUAUGACUGCCACGCCCACCAAACAGGCAAGCUCUCCAUACUUGAAAGACAAGUUUGAACACAAGUCUUACAUUGCAUUUAUCUUUUCUGUAAAAGAUCUGUACCUGUUAUUUGAUUAUUGACAUUCACUGAUAUUUUGCAAGCUUUUUUUUUUAAACUAAAACAAGUGUUUUGUUGAUAACAUAUUUUGAUCUACUUCCAUUUAAGCAGUCUGUUAACUCAAGGGAUCUUUCUCUGUAAGUUUGAUCUCUUCCAGGGGUGCUGAGCACCCCAAGAAAUUCAGUUAGUCUUGCACUGUAUCUCUGAGAGAAGAAUAUAUAUAAAUACAUGUUUAUGCUAAAAA